ACCCACCCUCUCACACCUAACCCGUGGAAAAACAUACCAAGAAUUAGAAUUCGAAAAGAGAAAGAGAGAAAUGGCGACAUCAGUUUCGUUCUGUUCGACUGCUAUUCAAUCCCAAAUUAAUGGGUUCGGUGGGGGGCUUAAGCUCAGAAGGUCAUCUCUCCCUCUUCCCAAUUCAGUCACCUCGACAAGGAGAAAGCAUCAGGUGACAGUGAAGGCAUCUGCCCGAGUUGAUAAAUACUCUAAGAGUGACAUCAUUGUUUCUCCAUCUAUUCUCUCCGCUAACUUUUCCAAGUUGGGAGAACAGGUAAAAGCAGUGGAAGUGGCAGGAUGUGAUUGGAUUCAUGUUGAUGUGAUGGAUGGCCGUUUUGUGCCAAAUAUAACAAUCGGCCCCCUUGUGGUUGAUGCUUUGCGCCCAGUGACUGAUCUUCCAUUGGAUGUACAUCUGAUGAUUGUGGAGCCUGAGCAAAGGGUACCAGAUUUUAUCAAGGCUGGGGCAGACAUUGUCAGUGUUCAUUGUGAGCAAACUGCCACCAUACAUUUGCAUCGUACAGUUAAUCAAAUCAAGAGCCUGGGAGCUAAAGCUGGAGUCGUUCUAAACCCUGCUACCCCUCUUACUGCCAUAGAAUAUGUACUUGAAGUGGUUGACCUGGUCUUGAUUAUGUCAGUCAACCCUGGAUUUGGGGGACAGAGCUUUAUUGAGAGCCAAGUAAAGAAAAUCUCUGACUUGAGAAGAAUGUGUGCUGAGAAGGGCGUGAACCCAUGGAUUGAAGUUGAUGGUGGAGUUGGUCCAGCAAAUGCAUAUAAGGUCAUUGAAGCUGGAGCCAAUGCUUUGGUUGCUGGUUCUGCUGUCUUUGGAGCUAAAAACUAUGCUGAAGCUAUAAAAGGAAUAAAGACCAGCAAAAAGCCUGUAGCAGUUGCAGUAUAGUUUGAACAACUCUAAAAAAAUCUGACUCAAGUCAGUAAGUGAUGCGGCAUUCUUUGCUUCCAUAUAAGAAAUUGCACAAAACCAAAUAAAUGACAUACUUUUUAGCUAAUUGGCAUCAUCUGUACAGGUAUUUCUGUUAAAGAUCUGCGGUGACCUGUAAAAUAAAUAGGCGAAGAAGUCUCUGAUAACCAGAAUUCACAUUGGUGUGAGUUAUUGUAGCAUAUCUUGUAUAGGGGACUCAUAAUAUAAAAGGAAUUUUUCAUUACAUCUCUUCUUGACUGGUUAUUUGUCCAAUUGAUGUCUUGGGCAGUUCCUAAACCUACAUCUUUGUAUUUUUUUUUUAUUGUCAAACUGUUUUUUUGCAAGAUUGGUAGAAUGACAUGGAGUUGGUACAAAUAUUUUGUGUUGUCUUUUCAUCUAUUAAAUUGAAAGAAUUUG